GAAUGAAAACACAUCGAGACAAAGAGAGGAAUAUCCUGACUGUUUCUCGAUAAAUUUGUGGUAGAGGAUUAUUCAGCCAACUUUAUGCCAUAACUUUCAGCGAAGAGAAGGACAAAAUGACUCCCUCAGAGAGGCGAGAUACGAUGAGGCUUGAAAGUCUUGGCGGAGCGAAGCCGAUAAAAGAACUCCGCGAUAGAGUAGUUCUUAAUGUCGGUGGCAAGGUUUUCGAGCCUUAUAUCAGCACGCUGAAAAACAUACCAGAUAUUCCACUGGCGAGGAUCUUAGACAAUCGCUCGAAAUUAGACUAUGAUCCCGAAUCGGGUGAAUAUUUUUUUGACCGACAUCCGGCAGUUUUUCAGCAAGUUUUGAACUACCUACAAACGGGGAAACUUCAUUGUCCCCGCAACAUCUGCGGCCCUCUAUUCGAACAAGAACUCGCUUAUUGGGGUUUAGACGAGCAACAAAUGGAAUCUUGUUGCUGGCCGAAUUACACAAAACACAGGGACGCUCAGGAAAACUUGCAAGCAUUGGAUUUCAGACCUAAAUACGAAAAUGCAGACGGUGAAAGAUCGAGGCAAAGGUUUUACAACGAUCCGACUCUGUCUUGGUGGCAAAGAAAUCAGCCUAUCGUCUGGGAAAUUCUAGAUGAUCCAUAUUCAUCCUCUACUGCGAAGGUCAUUGGUGACAAAAACGGAACUUGCUGGUUCUCAGACCCCCAUGGACGUGCUGACAAUAAUAGACUCGGUAUGCACAGGUUGGUUCACCUUGGAGUUUCUGUUGCGCUUGGCUUUCUGUCCGAGCAAGUUCCAAUUCGCCAAAAAGUUGCAAAACUGGAUUGACCUUUUGGUGAUAAUCCCGCUAUAUCUACUCCUGGUGUUUGAACGCACAACUCUAAUCGAAGUCCUAAACACAACGCGCAUUGUUCGCAUCUUUCGGUUCUUCAAACUGCUGUAUGACCUCCAGAUUCUGGGAAAGACUGUCAAGGCUAGUCGUCAUCAACUGGGUCUUCUCCUACUUAUUCUGCUCAUCCCUGUCAUAAUUUUCUCAAGCCUUAUCUUAUACACCGAGAGGCAGUGGGGAACAGAAAAAUCCAAGUCUGAGUUCCACAGCCUGCCCAAUGCAUUCUGGUGGGGCGUCAUCACCAUGACAACCGUAGGAUACGGUGACAUUGUCCCGGCUUCGUUUGCGGGCAAGGUUGUGGGUGGCAUCGCCUCCAUAUGUGGCAUCAUCAUCCUAUCCACGUCUGCCUCUGUGAUCGGCAGCACCUUUUCGCUGUACUACAACCUGGCCCAAGCACAACUCAAGAUCCCACGGAAACAGCGUAACUUUGAGGUAGAUUUCCAAAGCCUACCGGCUGUUUUAGCCUGCAGAACCAGCCAAACCGACUCCGCAGUGAUCUCCAAUACCUCAGAUAGCGGCUAUCAGCGGUCUCCCAAUCGCCUUCAGACCUGUGAUCGAAAUAGUUUUGUGUUUGACGCAAACGCCCCAUCAUCUCCCAGGUCACCUUGCGCGUGCCAGAGCUCCCUGGAUCCCCCUAUUCCCUUAAAGCAAGUGUCAUCGCCACGCCCAUCUGUUCCCCUUACGCGGAAAGCGAGUAUUAGAAGAGACAGUAUUCUUGUGUAAAUAAAUAUGACGUUUCCUGAGAGAGAGAAAACGUUCCAAUACGGAAAAAUGAACUUUUUUUUCACCUCAUCACAUCCGGAACCUGUCAUUAUUUAUCGCAGGGGCGGAGGAGAAUCGGAAGAUUUUUAUUUAGACACGAUAAAGCUCACCUGAUCCUCCCAUAAGGCUAUGUCAUAUUUUCAUGAUCUUCCGCCAUUGGCAAUAACUGCUAGUCAGUUUUCUAUAGUCCCUGUCUGUAUACUCUGUUGGCGACAACUAAUUCCCUCUUUGGUCCUCCCCUGAAAACCGAGUGAAUGCCAGAUGAAAGCAAAGUUUGCCAAGUUUAGUUGAUAAAACCAAGAAUCAGUAAAGCUAACAGAUUUUGCGAAAA